AUGGCCGACGACGGCAACAACAUUGACUCUGGCCUUUUCGCCAUCGCGCUCUCCGACUCAGAGGACGACACCACUGCCGCCAACGGGUGUCAAGCUGGAUCGGGGGCAAAAGAGGGCGGCGGCGCAGCAGCUCCGAGGGACCGCACAGGCCAGACGGAGGAGGAGUUUCAGGCCAUGAAGGCUUCGUACCGAGCCAAGGUUGAGGACGGCGAGAUAUGGAAAAACGUCAAGAUGCCCUCAGGCCAGGGCAGGGUCCCUAAACACGAGGGCCAGGAGAUUCUGCACGCUGUGGAGGAGCUGUAUUUCUACAGGCGGUAUGAGGAGGCCGUCACGUUUAUUGGACGGGUGAUGCAGGGUGCGGAGGGAGAAGAGGAGGGAGCAGGAGAUGGGUUGGAUGGGGAUCUGAGGGCGCUGCUCAGGACGUAUGAGACGAGGUGUAGGGUAAGGUUGGUAAGUUGGGGCGCGACAUGA